AUGAAUUCAACAAAAAUUUGCAUGUUGAGGGCUGCAUGUCGGCGCUCGUGUGACACCGGUGCCUACAAUAAGGAUCAUGAGCGGUCCAAUAUAUCCGGCAUAUCUGCCCUCCUCAACACCCAUCGUGAUUCUAGAGCAGAGUCGAGUGUAUUUGUUCAGGAGGCGACGCACUUUUUCCAGAGCACAGGUUUCUUCUCUCAGCGGCAAAUCGGCUUUCAGGACUGCCAGGCCAUCCCAAAGGCAGCCUCACACUACCUCCGCGCCUCCACUCGUCACUUCGUCUACCUGGGGAGCGAUUUCCCGCGCGGUGUGACGGGUGAUGUGCAUCGUGUGGUGAUAACCUUCGCUUCAACCUUCCACAUGCUUAUGAACGAUUUUUAUCGACCAUGGUGUUGA